CGUCGAAUCGUGUCGCAGAAUCUCAACAACAAUGAUGUCUACGGUCAUCGUGACGGUUCUUCUCGUGUUCUUGAAUCAGGCCGCAGCUAUUCCUGGUGAUCAGGGUGAAGAGGAACUGACAACAUUGACCAAAAAUGACAAAUACUGCAAAGAGGAUGUGUGCAAGGAGCUGAGACAUCUGAGAGACUCCAUGGCCGAGCUGAAGGUUCACAUGCAGCAGAAUAAAGACCAGAUUGAACAAAUCAGGGCUGAGAACGAAGCUUUAAAGCAGAAACUGGCUUCGACUGAGUACGAUGUGGGAAAUAUAAAACACGAACACGCAAACAGAGCAAAGGUGGCGUUUUCAGCAGGAUCUGGAUAUGAAGGUGACUUUGGACCCUUUAACACAGAUGUCAACAUGGUCUUCAGGAACGUAUUAACAAAUUUGGGAAACGCCUACAGCCCAAACACUGGUGUUUUCAGAGCUCCAGUGAAAGGCAUCUACCACUUCACCUUCACCGUCUUUGGCCUUCGCAACAAAAACUUCAUCGGUGCAAAAUUUUUUAAGAAUGCUAAUUUGUAUUUCCAAGCACAUGAUGUUCCUCAAGGACAUCACGAGUCUGUGACAAGAUCUAUCAACCUGUUACUCGAGCAGGGCGACGAGGUUUAUUUGAAGCUCCAGGCGAACUAUCAGCUUUACGAUGAUGGAAACCUCUAUAACAGUUUUGAUGGCUUUUUGUUGUAUCCUCUGUAAAGCAGUGAUCUGACAGAUAUACAUGAUUUACAUUGGAAAAAUAAUAUUACUCAUUUUUUUAAAAUUCAGUAUUUAAUUGAUGCUCAAAAUACUAAAAAAAAAAAGACAAUGAAUACUGAAUUUCUGCUGCACUGUACUAUGUUUCUAAACAUUAAAUAUGUUCAGUAACAUGA